GUCUCAGCGGUCGGCCACUUUUUCCUUGGGACACCUAACAGACGGUCCAGCGCGUAUACGUCUGCGGACCGAGGGACGGAGGGGAGACGGAGCCGACCUGCCCUCCGGCUGCGGGCUGCGGGGAAAGAAACGGUCGGAGGGGCCGCUAGAGAUGGCGGCUCCGGGCGCCGGACCGGGGCCGGGGGCGUCCCCGGGGCUGGAGGCGGCCCUGCAGAAGCUCGCGCUGCGGCGGAAGAAGGUGCUGAGCGCCGAGGAGAUGGAGCUGUACGAGUUGGCCCAGGCGGCGGGCGGCGCCAUGGACCCCGAUGUGUUCAAGAUCCUGCUUGACCUGCUGAAGCUGAACGUGGCGCCCCUCGCCGUCUUCCAGAUGCUCAAGUCCAUGUGUGCCGGGCAGAGGCUGCCGAGCGAGUCCCAGGCCCCCGCGGCCGUGUCGCUGCCCACAUCGAGUGCGCCUGAGACGAGAGAGGCCUCCUCUCUCUCUGCCAAGAACUGUAGCCCCCCUGCAAGGCCCUCCUUUUCCUGGGUCCCACCACCUGCGGCCUCUGCGGUUCU